UUUUUUUUUUUGGUCACACCAUCUCCGAUCCCCCCCACUAACAUCUCCAUCUGACCUUUAUUAGUAGCUGACCAUCACAGUAGCUUCUGGAUACCACAGUCUUACUGGAAAGCGAAACCUAUUCUUUAUUGGCUUGUUCUUGGCGAAUCUGCAAAAGGACAAAAAUGCAGAAAUGCAGAAAGACAGAAAGACAGAAAGACAGCGAUAUUGUAAGACAAUGAGGCGGAAGGUAUGAUAGUUCUUACUCGGUAAAAGCGGAAUUAACUGCUGACGCUCUCGAUACCCCCUAGCAUUACAUAGGUACCUAGGUAGGUAGUGUAUAUCCGUAACCGGGGUAUAGGGACAUUACUACGCCAUUAACAGUAUUAACUAUCGACUAUCAUACAAUACAGCUUCCAAUUUGGAAAUUCCCACUUGAGCUCGCCCAACUUGUCCAGCUUCAUCUAAACCCACCGUCCUUCUACCUACUCUGCUCACUAUGAAUUGUGCUCCAUUCAAAUGACCCUAUAACCCCCGCGCGUAACCCCUGCUGAAUGCUUCACGCGCCUCAUGUUGCUCAAAGCGUAGUUCCCUGAGCUAACUGCUGUCCAUUCCCGACAUUCUGCAUCACAUUAUACUACAUCUUACCAGGCUUUAACACGUUCCUAUUGCUUCGAUACGCCAUACGAGGUAUGAAUACGUACGAUACCGUACCUCCCUCGCAGGACUCCUACGGGUCAGUUCCUACUUCGCCUAUACAUCAUCGCCAUCAUUCGAGAAGAUCUAGGCCACCUUCGAUAUCCGAAGCGCCUGAUGAAAAUACCGCCCUCCUGCGACCCUCACGCUCUCGCGUGCGCAUUCAUAGUCCCCUAGAAACCCCUAGAGGGUUUCUGUCAAGGGCUCAUAGCUUUGCCGCAACACAUCAUGGGGCGCGAUAUCAUAACCGACAUGAAUCAUGGGGACAACGGUUAAUACAGGCGCUUUCGGAUCGGACCGAUCCCAUGUCCGAAUCUAAGAGUUCUCUUCUUGCUGACGAACGUAUCUGGUACGACCAAUUUACCUCGACCGACUGGGUUCACGAUAGUAUCGCCGAUGCCUACCGAGUUAAACAGUUGCGGAGUCGGAAAGGCUUUUGGGGCAGACUCGUCGUUUUAUUCGAUGGCGCCCAGGGCUGGAUACUAAGUGCUGUUGUUGGCGUUCUGGUCGCGCUAGUUGCUUAUUGCGUGGAUGUGGCUGAGACAACUAUCUUUGACUAUAAAGAUGGCUACUGCGUUCGAGCGUGGUAUUUAAGAGAAAAGAGGUGUUGUCCCCACGGUCCAUGUACCGAUUGGCGAUCUUGGUCUGAAGUUCUCGGUGGCCAUCCCUUCGGCGAGGUUUGGACCAAAUUUGGUGUUUACAUCAUCGCCGUCCUUUUGCUCGCGGUGCUCUCGUGUCUGCUCACCCUAACGACCAAGACGGUAGUCCCUUCGGCCUACCGAAUGUCAACAUUGGAUGAGAACUUGGCUGCCGAUUAUUCUCAGCAACCGGAAGAUAAUAAUAACGAUACCGAUGAGAACGGAAGUAUUAGUCCAAGAGCGGUACGGCAAACGCAAGCCGACCCGCCACCACCCAUGGUGUAUUAUUCCGCAGCUGGCAGUGGUGUCGCCGAAGUUCGCGUCAUUCUUAGCGGAUUCGUUUUGCACGGGUUUCUUGGUUUCAAGACUCUCUUCAUUAAAUCCGCGGGACUGAUCUUGAGUGUCGCCUCUGGCCUAAGCUUAGGUAAAGAAGGCCCCUACGUCCAUAUCGCAACUUGUAUUGGCAACAUUUGCUGUCGACUUUUCUCUAAGUACGAUGAUAACGACGGUAAGAGGCGCGAAGUAUUAUCUGCCGCAGCUGCGGCGGGUGUAGUUGUGGCAUUUGGUGCUCCUCUCGGUGGCGUUCUAUUUGGUCUCGAGGAGGUUGCCUAUUACUUCCCAGCUAAGACGCUUUUUCGUACCUUCUUUUGCUGUAUUGUCGCAGCUCUGACCUUGAAGUUUCUCAACCCGUAUGGCACCCACAAGAUCGUCAUGUUCGAAAUCCGGUACAAAAUCGACUGGGAGUGGUUUGAAUUGUUCGGCUUCAUCUUAGUAGGAAUACUAGGCGGUGCUAUCGGUGCUCUUUUUAUCAAGGCUUCGCGUCGUUGGGCUCUAUCUUUCCGUAAGAUUCCAGUCAUCAAGAAAUAUCCACUGUUCGAGGUUGUGCUAGUAGCGCUAGUAACAGGACUCGUAGGAUAUUGGAACACCUUAACUAAGCUUCCGGUAGCGAAGCUCUUGUUGAACCUUGCUGCACCGUGCCAAGACGACAGCAGGGAUUCUGAGUUGGGGUUAUGUCCGUCGGAUAUUGACGAGAUACCUGGCAUCAUUCGAAACAUUCUUGCCGCUUUUAUCAUCAAGACGUUUUUGACAACUAUCACGUUUGGUAUUAAGGUUCCUGCCGGUAUCUAUGUCCCUUCUAUGGUUGUCGGCGGCCUCAUGGGUAGGGUCGUUGGCCAUCUUGUUCAAUGGAUAGUGCUUCGAUUUCCACACUGGAGUAUCUGGGGGACCUGCCCGCUUCUUCAGGAGUCUACGUGUGUUCAGCCCGGCGUGUAUGCACUCAUUGCUGCGGGCUCAACAAUGUGUGGCGUAACGAGACUAUCUGUCACCCUCGCGGUCAUCCUCUUCGAACUUACCGGAAGCUUGGACUACGUCCUGCCUUUCUCCUUGGCUAUUCUCGUUGCUAAGUGGACAGCAGAUGCCCUAGAGCCGCUCAGUAUCUACGACCUCCUUACUAACAUGAAUGCUUAUCCAUAUCUGGAUAAUAAACAUAAGCCGGUCUUCACCUCCGAGUUUGCUGAUAUAGUUUCCCGCGUUCGUCGGGAACGUGUCAUUGAUAUAAGUGACUCGCCGCUAGUCCCGGCCACACAACUCCGUGGCCAACUCGAACUGCUUCAUCGGGCCGGUGAGUUAGAUGGAGGAUUACCAAUUGUUAGGGAUGACGUCCUCGUCGGCCUGAUCCCGGCCCCUGACUUAGAAUAUGCCUUGGACAGCCUCGAGGACGAGAGCUCCAGCUUUUGUCUCAUGGCGAAUAUACCAAACAUCGACGAAGGCGAAUCUCCAGAGUGGGAUCCUACCGAUUUCACCCCCUACAUAGACCCAGCUCCCUUUGCUCUAGAUAUUAAUUCCCCCAUGGACUUGGUGUACGAAUGCUUUGCGAAGCUCGGUUUACGAUACAUCUGCGCGUUGAGAGGCGGAUGUUAUGCUGGAAUGACUCACAAAAAGAGAUUUGUAAAGUAUAUGCGCGAAUUGGAGGAGAAGGAGCACAAUCUCUAGGCUCCUUUUUCUUUUUUCUCUCCUUCUAAUGUUGGAGACCAUAGUUUCUUAGGAGUAAUGGGUGUAUAUUGUAACGAGACUACUUGAGGCUCGAGUAUAUAGGGUGUGUUACGUUACCGCAUUGUCAUGGAAUUAUCACGGAAUAUUUUCCUUUCGGCAUCGUUGCAUGAGCCUAGCGUUUGGAAUGAAUGGCAUCAUCUCGUCUUCUGAUAAAUAUUUUCUUCUUCUUAUGAACGGAUACGUGAAGGCUGCUGUGUGACUAUCGGGUGGGAAGCUAUACGAGAGUUUGUGUGAUACUGCCCUUGGAAGGUAAGUAGAUAGAUAUGCUGAAGUUCGGUUAUGACUUGGUUUGGCUACCGGUAAGUUAGGGCUCUUAUGGUGUUGAUAGUCUUCAUCUAUUUAUUAUAAUAUUUAUAUUUUCUAUGGUUACUUGUUGUGCCAAAUGCGAC